AUGCAGUUUUUUGGCCGGCUGGUGAAUACCAUCAACAGCGUCACCCAGAUAUUCACAAACCCUUACCGGGUGAAGGAGGUGUCAGCUGCAGAGUAUGCCACUCGUACCUGCCUGAGGGAGGAAGGCAGGGUGGCCCUGUAUAAGAACACACUUGCUCACUCGUGGGAUUGCCUGCUGGUGAAUCCACAGAGCCCACAGGUCGCUUUCCGGCUCUUUCAGCUCGACAAUGAAGCAGAGGCCCUGAUGCGUUUUGAGCAGUAUGCCAGGCAGUUGCGCCCUUUCUACGAGAGCUCACAACAGGCCUUGUUGCUGGAGGAUCUCCAGCAGCUCAGUGACUGCUUCCGCAACCACCCCAGCUGGUCCCCGGCACAUGUUGCAGUGGAGUUUGGCCAUCGUGAGAGCUUCCGGCACAACCACGUUCUGAGCUGUGUGAACAGCACGGACAGCGAGGAUGGCUGCACCCCACUGCACCUGGCAUGCCGCAAGGGAGACAUGGAGUGCCUGCUGGAGCUGCUGGAGUGCCACGCGCGGGUGGACGUUACUGACAAGAAUGGAGAGACCGUUUUCCACUAUGCUGUGCGAGGGAACAGUCCCCAGAUCAUCGAGCUCCUGGGCAGAACCCCAACUGCUGGCUUGGACCACCUGAGCCGUGAAGGGCUGACCGCUCUGCAUCUUGCUUGUCAGCUGGGCAAAGAGGACAUGGUUCGGUCUCUGCUGAAAUGCCAUGCCAGCUGCAGCGUUGUGGGGACGCUGGGCUACCCCAUCCACACAGCAAUGAAGUUCUCCCAGAAGGGGUGUACCCAGGCCAUCCUUGAGGUGGAUGCCAGCCAGGUUCACUCCAAGGACCCGCGCUAUGAAGCCACUCCGCUGCACUGGGCAAAGAAGGCAGAGAUGACACGGCUGCUGCUUGAGUACAGCUCUGAGGUGAAUUUGACCAGCCGGACAGGUGACAUGGCUCUACACAUCGCCGUCAAGAGGGGACGCUUUGACUGCGCCAUGGUACUGCUGACACACGGGGCGCACACCAAUGCCAGGGGUCAGGAUGGCAACACACCACUGCACCUGGCCAUGAAGCAUGACCACCUGGAUAUGAUCAAAGCGAUCAUCGUGUUUGGAGGAGAUGUUGAGGUCCCCAAUGAUUUCGGGGAGACACCAGGGCUGUUGGCAGCCAGGAGCAGCAAAGGUGCGAACCGGAAAGUACUCUUAGACCUGCUGCAAACUGUAGGGACCGAACGCUGCCACCCACCCAACCUUGACUCCCCAAGCCUGACACCAUCUGCCGCCUCCUUCCUGGAAGGCCAGCCUUCCUCGCGGAGCACCUUCAACAGCUUAGGUUACAAGGACCUUCUGUAUGUUUCCGCAACGCUCGGACAGUUGUUGAAGGCACCAGAUGUUGUGGACUCGCCUAGUGAGGGUAGAAGAAAUCACGACCGCCUCCUGUGCCUGGAUGGAGGGGGCAUCCGGGGCCUGGUGCUCAUCCAACUCCUCUUGGCUAUCGAAAAGGCUGCAGGCCGUCCCAUUCGGGAGAUUUUUGACUGGAUCGCAGGGACCAGCACUGGGGGGAUCUUGGCCUUGGCUAUUGUACACGGGAAAUCCAUGGACUACAUGCGCUGCCUGUACUUCCGCAUGAAGGACAUGGUGUUCCGGGGGUCUCGGCCCUAUGAGUCGGAGCCUCUGGAUGAGUUCUUGAAGAAGGAAUUUGGGGAAAACACCAAAAUGACAGAUGUCCAAAAACCCAAGGUUAUAGUGACAGGGACGUUGUGUGACCGGCAGCCAGCUGAGCUCCACCUUUUCCGGAAUUACCCUGUACCAGAGACAAAAACCUCCACUGAAUACAAGACAAGUGCAUCUUUCAAACCACUCACCCAGCCAGAAGAUCAACUUGUAUGGCGAGCUGCCCGCUGCAGCGGUGCGGCUCCCACUUAUUUCCGGCCGAUAGGUCGCUUUCUGGAUGGCGGGCUGCUAGCCAACAACCCGACCCUUGACGCUAUGGCAGAGAUCCACGAGUACAACAAGACGCUGAUCAAGAAGGGUCAGAGGCAGAAAGUCAGAAAAUUGGGGUUGGUGGUCUCCCUGGGGACAGGGAAGCCUCCACAGGUCCCAGUGAGCUCUGUGGAUGUUUUCCGUCCCUCCAACCCUUGGGAACUGGCGAAGACCGUCUUUGGGGCCAGGGAGCUCGGCAAGAUGGUGGUGGACUGUUGCACUGACGCAGAUGGCCCAGCUGUGGAUCGUGCCAGGGCCUGGUGUGAGAUGACGGAUAUCCCAUAUUUCCGGUUUAGCCCUCAGCUGCACACGGAGGUGAUGCUGGAUGAGGUGAACGACACUGUGUUGGUGAACGCUCUCUGGGACACCCAGCUUUACAUCUACCAGCAGCGGGAGCAGUUUGAGCAGCUGGUGCAACAUCUCUGCCGAUGACUGACCUGGAGGUUCCCGUUUCUGCAUCUCAAUGGCAAGGCUCAGCAGACACUGAAACGGCACGGAUUUGCCCUUAAACCAAGGUGUUGAGAUGGGGGAGGGACUACUACUACUAAUGAGUAAUGAACGAUAUUUAAUAGACAACAGUGCACAUACGCAUGUGUUC